GAAAGAAUUGAAAGAGAUAGGUCGAACUUGAGAAAGAAAUAUGCCUACUCUAGCCGUUGUUCCUGAAACAAAAGAGAAAUGUUGCUUUAUUAUGGGCUAUGGGAAGAGAUCCCUACAGGAUUUUUAUACUCUCCCUCUUGGCUGUGUCUGCACCAGAAUGACUCAACGACCCGCAUCCUUGUGUCUGCUCUCUUCUGAUUGGCUGAGGAAGUCAGAGCUUUGGGAAAAUCCAGUUAAAACCAGGUCUAUUUUAAGAGAUGAGUAAUGGGGGUGGAGUAUCCCUGGUACACACCAAGUCAUGCAGCCUCUCAGAAGAUGCACUGGCUUUACUUGAAAGUCUGCCAGGAUUAUUUCGUAGAACAGAUGGGAAGUUUUUGAGUGAGUAUGUUUUUCGAGAACAAUCACAUGCUCUGACUGUGUUACAUGGCCUCAAUGAACAGAGGAAAUCAAACACACUUUGUGAUGUCAUAAUUUGUGUGGAAGGCGAACAAUUUCCAUGCCACAGGAACAUACUGGCUGCCUGCAGUCCCUAUUUUUUGGCAAUGUUUACAGGAGAAAUGAAAGAGAGUAGAGAGAAAGAGAUAAAAAUAGAUGGAAUGUCUCCGGACAUCAUGAAACAGCUGGUGGACUUUGCCUACACAGCAGACAUAUCCAUAACACAGGAAAACGCCCAGCAGCUUUUAUCUGCUGCUAACCUGGUUCAAAUCCACACCAUCAUACAGGCUUGCUGUAACUUCCUAGAGGGAGAAAUGGACCCCAGUAACUGCCUUGGGAUCCACUGCUUUGCAGAGGCACAUGUCUGUGACGAACUUAGCGAGAAAGCAAGACAGUACGUCAUUCAGCACUUCACCCAAGUUGCCAAACAAGAGGAGAUCUUGCUGCUCCCAAAAGAAAAACUGAUUGAAUUCAUCAGUCAGAAUGACUUGAAUGUUGGUACUGAGGAGGUGGUGUUUGAUGCCAUACUCAGAUGGGUGAAGCAUGACCCCAAACACAGGAUUCCUCAGUUGGCAGACGUGCUACAGUACGUCCGUCUGCCACUUGUCAGUCCAUACUAUCUGUUUGACAAGGUGGACUCAGAACAUCUUCUGAUGACGGCACCAGGCUGCAGACCUUUUCUGGAUGAAGCCAUGAAAUAUCACAUCCUUAAGGACAGGAGAAUGGAGAUGCUGUCCCCGAGGAUGAUACCCAGACAGUGCAUGGCUGUGGAGACAGUGGUGUACAUCACAGGGGGUGAAAUCUACAAUAAGAACUAUUUGAACUGUGUGGAAGGUUACAAUCUGGAAGGGGGAACUUGGGUCAAACUGAAAGACUUGCCUUUCUCCCGAUGUCAUCACUGCGCUGUUGUCUCGGAAGACAUGCACAUGUACAUUGCUGGAGGAUAUAACAAAGAAAAUGUAGUGGUAAACAAUGUCAUGAGGUAUGAGAGAUACCUAGACAAGUGGAUCAAGGUAGCCUCGAUGAACACACCCAGAGCCAAGCUUGGGAUGGCUACUCUGGAUGGCUACAUAUAUGCCAUUGGAGGAUACGACGGAACCUCCAAACUGUGCUCUGUAGAGAGGUAUUGUCCACAGACAAACAGAUGGACCUAUGUGUCUCCCUUGUCACAGUCCGUGGCCAAAAUUGUUGCAACUUCUCUGAAUGGAUAUCUGUAUGCUGCUGGUGGAGUAGCUGAUCCCUCUGGUCACUGUGUGAAUACUUUCCAAAGAUACAGCCCAAUCAAUGAUAUGUGGGAGCAGCUGUCCCCAAUGCCAGCUGCAAAAGCACUGAGUGGUUUGGUACCAGUGAAGGGGACACUGUAUGCAGUGGGAGGAAUACUGCAGAACUCCUACGCCACCAGAGAACUGAUGUCCUACAAUAUCGAAAGAGACACAUGGACCAUGCUGCCUCAGAUGAAAGAAGUCAGAUACGAUCCCGGUGUUACAACCAUUGGUAACAAGAUUUAUGUGUUGAGUGGACAUAAUGGAGAGAACUCCUUCUUCUCCAGUAUUGAGGUGUAUGACACAGAGACUACCAGGUGGUCAGAGCUUCCUAUCCUGACUCUUCCGUAUGGGAGGUGCAGAUUUACUUGUGUUGCUAUGGACACCAAACAAGCGUGACCCAGAAUUGGUUUGAUUGUACAUAUGUACAUGCAAAUACAUUGAACUUUUUGUAAAAUUAUGUACUGUGUCAAUCUGUUGUUAAUUGGCAUAUUUUACAAGCUUCUUUUUUGUGUAAAAAUGCUAAAAUGAGCAUAAUUUGUAAAUACAUUUCGUAAAUAGCACAGUGUGAUAGUGAAAUAUUUGACUUGGUGAUAUUAUAUUGAGCCUGUGAUAAGCGAAUGUGCUGUGCAAUAUCCUCCUUUGAUAUUAUGUGCUCUUUCAAAUCAUAAGAUAUAGUAAUUUUGUAUAUACUUGUAUGUGUAUAGACUUUUAAUGUUGUAAAUUAAGAUGCACAUAGUUCCAAGAAUUCACGUUAUACCAUAUCUAUUUCAUUCCAUCUUUCCCGUUGCAUAUUUUGGGAAUUUGUAUCAUGUCAGUAAAUAUAUAAUCAUUAUGUAAUUGCGCAUAAAUUUUCAUAAUUUCAAAACACUUUUUUUAGUUUUUAGAGUUCCCUCAACACAAUUAAAUGGUUUUGUUUUGUUCAGAUCUGAAAUUUUGAAUAAAACAUUUAAAUAUUAUAUUAUAAACAAAAGUUUUAUUUGUAUGUAGACUUAAAAUACUUUAGGGUUUGAUAAAUGUACAAUUUAGGUCUAUCAAAUACAUAUAUACAAAUUUUGAUGAUAUUUUCCUAAAAAAAUGAAGCAAUAUCUGUGAUCCUACAAUAUUAUUGUAGAAAACUGAUUAAGGCUUAUACAUUUUAAAUUCGUGUUUAAAUGUAUAUUGUGAAAACAUACUAAGAUUUGUGAAUUAAGUAAAACAUACUUUGUAAUCAUCAAGAUACACGUAUUUAAUUGAUAUCCAUGGACCCCGCAAAUGGUUUGCAAUGUGUUGCAAUUGUCUGCUCAUUCAUGUUUUAGACUGGCAUACGAUGGAGACGUUUUCUGAAAUGGUUGUGCUGAAGAAAGAUACAUUCCAUGCGUGAAGUGAAAUCAUUUUCAUUACACUUAGAACCAUUAGUCAGGCUGUUCAUCCAUGCACAUUGUAGCUGCAAUAAAGUUAGCCUGUACUAUGUACAUUGUUCAAGCAAUAAAAGUUAAAUGUUGUAUAUCUA